AUGUCUGCUCCAUCAACUCCAAAAAUACUGCCACCAUCGCCUGCACAGAAUGAUAUCACCCUUCCAUCUGCCGACUUUCUUAUAUCGGAGACUCUUCGCUCAAGGCGACAUUGCAAGGCUGUGGAACACCCAUCAUUAAUUCAUGUUCACACUUCAUUCUUCCUUUAUGCCGCUUUCUUCUCUAUGGACAAGGACAAUCCGGCAUGGUACUACCUGCAAGAGGCCAUCACAAUGCUACAGACCCUGCGACUGCACGAAGAAGUCACAUAUGAUGAUUUCCUUGACCCAAUCAUUUCUAUCUAUGCUCGACGAACUUUCUGGGUUCUGUUCAUCACUGAGAGAGCAUACGGGUUGCAAAGGAAUCGCCCCAUCCGAUUACAGGAAACAUUGGAGCUCCCAGCUAUUGAUCCCUUGUCACAAGACGCAGACAUACUUCUUGGCUUCCACGAUCUGAUCUCCUUGUUUCGUCCUUUUGACUCUGACUUCAUUACGAACUGGAAUCAGAUGACUCCCUCAACUCCAACUGAUUCUGUUCGCCUGUCACAUCUUCAAGGCCUUCUUAAAUAUUCCUUGCCGAAUUUGUCAAACCACUCCCAGGUCCAACAAGCAGAUCUCCUCAUCUCACGCCAAUGGCUUAAAACAGUGGUGUGGAAGCUUUGUGCUUCAAAACAAAUAUUAUCCACAGCAAGCAGCAACAAUGCCAUGUCGCUCCAUUAUCCAGCCAGUAUUGCGCGUGAUAUCGUUCUCAUAUCACAGCUAGUGCCGACUCAAGCUUUCGAAGCCAACGGUAUCGGAAUUCUGGAAAAAGUAUUCGAUGUGGGAUGUUCCCUGGCAGACCUCAUGUUAUUAGUGCCGCCAGACUUCCAGGCUUCGGCUAUGGAUGUUGGUGCGAUUGACACGCUGGUUGAGAUGAUAGAAGUUUGCCCUUGCCAUCAAGUGAUGAUGGUGGAGAAGGGCAAGAUGCAUGGUCAACUACGUCUCCCUGAAAACACAUGA